AUGAAGUACGGCCACGAAUACUCACAGCUGCUGGCUAGUGAAGGAUUCCCUGAGGCAUGGGUUUCUUCUGCUAUCUCCUAUCGGCUGCUNAAAAAGUCCAUCAAAAAGGUUGAGCAAGAAUUAAGCGCCCUUGGUCUGGACGCUUCGACACUGCAACAUCUGCACAGCGAAUUUGGAGUAGAAGCGCCAGGAGACAGAGUCGGCUUGCGUUUUGUACCGGAAUUAUGGGUCGCUGUCGAUGGUGACAGUGGAGAGUUCCUGGAUGCGCAUCUGACCGAGGAUACAAAGCAGUACUUUAUCUGGUUGGCUCAGAACAAUGACCAGCAAAUCAUCCUGGAGAGACGUGCUAGUCAGAUCUCACACGGAAUCAAUGGUGCUUCACCAUCCGAGCAGGAACAGUCUAACGCUUCGAUUCGCGCAUCUUCGGCCGAGAACGGCGCUCAAUGGGCUCAUGUCCACUUGCACACGGCAGCAAAUUUCUUCAACCUACUUGGUCCAAAACUGGCACAACUGGACGUUAUUCAGCACACGGAAGAGAGGCGCUUGGAAUCGAAGAUUGUGGAGCUGAGCACCGAAGUCACAGCACUCACCGAACCUGGUCAUCUGAAAAAUGGCAAAUUCAAGGCUAAAUCGGAUGUCACCAUUUGGCGCCAGAUUCUAGCCUUGUACGUGCAGCAUGCCAUAUUCUUCUCACCAUACGAAAGGGACCGCGGAUCGCGUAGCUUUGACCAAGCAAAGUCGCAUCUCGAGCUCUUCUCCAAGGAUCUAGUAGACCAGGGGCUUGUCAAGAAGUUCAGAGAAAGAUCGAGCAGACGUGCCUUCGAUCACUUCGUGGCCAUCAAUCUCGACAUCCUCAAGGCCAUGCGCUUUCAAGAACUCAACAUGGAAGCCGUACGUAAGAUCCUCAAGAAGUUUGACAAGCGAACUGCUCUAGGAGCGACAAAAGCCUAUCAGGGUCAUGCGCUUAGUGGCCCCUUUGCUAAGUCAGUUGCAACGGACAUGUGUGCAGCAAUGUCUCAGCAAGUGGUCACCAUUGUGCCGCAGCUAGAUGACUACAGCUGUCCUGUCUGCUACAAUAUCGCAUGGAGACCGAUUCGGCUUGAUUGUUGCAACACAGUCUUUUGUAUUCGCUGCAUGAUCGAACUACAGAAGUCGGCCUCCAAAUGUCCUAUGUGCAGGUCGACUUCAGUCAUCACUGCAGACUCGGGUUCCAUCGAUCAGCAACGAGCAGAUUAUCUGGUUAGGUACUUUCCACAUGAAGUCAAGGAGAAACAGAAGGCGAAUGAGCUUGCUAUUGCGAUCGACAAGUAUGGCCCAGACUAUCAGAAAGGGCCUUGCUGCGUUAUGUGA